CGCCAAUACUGGAGUGAUAGAAUGGAGCCGUUCAUAGGGGAAGUCCUGAAAUCUUUCUUCUUCGAAACCUAAAAAAACCCAUCAUUCUGUUAUUCGCCAAAUUCUUCCUCUUCGCGAGUGAACCCUAACUAUCCCCGUAUUUGAAUCGACAAAAAUGGGGAUACAGGGACUACUGCCGCAAUUAAAAUCGAUAAUGUCGCCAAUUCACAUCAAAGAAUUAGAGGGAUGUUGCGUUGCCGUCGACACUUAUUCUUGGCUUCACAAAGGUGCCUUGUCCUGCAGUACCCAGCUUUGCAAGGGUCUCCCUACUUCUAGGCACAUCGACUAUUGCAUGCACAGAGUAAAUAUGUUGCGUCAUUAUGGUGUAAAACCAAUUCUUGUCUUUGAUGGUGGUGAUCUGCCAAUGAAGAGUGAGCAGGAGAAUAAACGUGCACGCUCUAGGAAGGAUAGUCUUUCACGUGCUAUUGAGCACGAGUCAAGUGGAAAUACUGCUGGUGCAUAUGAAUGCUAUCAAAAGGCUAUUGAUAUAUCUCCAGCAAUUGCUUAUGAAUUAAUUCAGGUCUUAAAGCAGGAAGGUGUUUACUAUAUAGUGGCUCCUUAUGAAGCAGAUGCACAAAUGACGUUUUUGGCGAUCACCAAGCAGGUAGACGCAGUAAUUACUGAGGACUCUGACCUCAUAGCAUUUGGUUGUCCAAGAAUUAUCUACAAAAUGGAUAAAUAUGGACAAGGGGUUGAAUAUCAGUUCCAUAAGCUACAAUACAACAAAGAUCUUAAUUUCACGGGAUUUACUAUUGAUAUGAUACAAGAAAUGUGCAUUCUUAGUGGCUGUGACUAUUUGUCAUCACUUCCUGGUAUGGGCUUAAAGAGAGCUCAUUCUCUGAUUAGCAAGUUCAAAACAUUUGAAAAGGUAAUCAAACACUUGAGAUACUGCUGUGUGGCAGUUCCUUCACUGUAUGAAGAGUCAUUCAAGAAAGCAAAGUUGACUUUCCGCCAUCAAAGAGUUUAUGAUCCCAUUAAAGAGGAUAUCGUGAAUCUAACAGAUGUAUCAGACAAUAAUGAUGGCGACUUAGAUUUCUUAGGCCCAUCAGUUCUUAAAUUGCUACCUCAACAAGUAGUUAGAGCCAUAGCGAAAGGGGAGCUUGAUCCGAUCUCUAAACUACCAUUUCAGGGUGAGAAUGCUCAUGAGAGUCCACCGUGUUGUAAGUCUUAUCCAAUCAAGGAUUUUAAAGGUGAAAGCACCAAGGUAAAGCUAGAUUUGCCAGCACAGAAGAAUGUUCUCACCAACUAUUUCUGUUUUGCAUCACUAGAAGCAAAGAGAAACUUUAGGGCUCCUCGAAUUUCACCGAAAUAUACGGAUUCAGGAAACAACUCUUCUCCUUUGACGAAUCAACUUUCUGACACUGAUGCUGGUAUAGAAAAUGAUCCAUCACCUGAUUCUUUGCUUGGUCAAGUGGUACAGGAUGAGGAUAUGUCUCUUCAUAAUUCUAUGGCAGUUGAGUUAUCUCGAAAUGAGAAUGCUGAUAAAGACGCUUCAGUUGAUGGAAGUCUAGAACGAAAUCCUUUGGGACAAUCCCAUCAUUCAAUUCAUAAACCUUGCAUAAUUUUGCGUAGGGGCCAUAAUGAUGAUCGUUGUUCAUGGCCAGUUCCGGAAAAGGAAAAUCAGCUGGACCAGCACUUAAAUGUCAAGAGCCCUCAAUUACAGAAUAAUUCAAUUACUGAGAGUGAUACAAGAAAGGGAAGUAACAAAGUCAAUUUAAGAAGCUCUUAUUUUAUAGAUAAGCAAGAAGACAAUCAUCCACUAAAGACAAGUAAAAAGGCAGUCAUUAAAAGUUCUUACUUCAAGCGUGAGCCCAAAACUGCUGGUAGCGAUAUAGAUAGCAGUUGCUUAGUCAAAGAAAUGUCGUGUAUUAACAAUGAAAUUUGUGAUAAAAUCUUGCCGGCAUUGGCUUCUGUUGGCAAUAAGUAUGACAAAGACUUGUCUAUGAAAAGGAAGGGUUCUUCUCAUCUUAACCCCAUUGAGCGCGUGAAUAAUAAGCAUCCUCGGACAAAGACAAUUGUGGAAGAAAAAAGUGCUGAGCCUUCCCCUUCAUAUUCCCCUUGUGAUCAACCAACAGAACCAGAAAAAUUUGGGUGCAAGAUAUCCCAUUUGGAACAUUACUCUGAUAUAUCAGGGAAGUCGAUGGAAAAAUUUGUUUCGGUAGUAUCGUCAUUUAGAUUCACCUCGUCAGGUUCUCGUGCUAGUGGACUCCGUGCCCCAUUGAAGGAUGUCAAGAACAUAUCCUCUAGGUCAACAACUGCCACUGACUUGGGAAAAUUUUCAUAUACACCAAAUAGUGCAAAGGCUAAGGUUAAGGUUAAGGUUAAGGUUAAGGCUAAGGGAGCUUAAUCUCUACAGAGAACGAAAUUUCGAAGUUCGUCAGAUAAACAUCUCCCUGGUUUCUGUACAUGAAUCAUGCAUUCUUACGGAGUUAAGACAGUUGGUACGGGGAAUCCUAUUGAAGUCUGCAUCAAUGUGCCUAUCGGCUGGCAGCUGCUGCCUAGCAUUAUCUAUUCUUCAAACUUAAGGACUCUGGCAGCAUUUAUACUGUUUUGUGCUAUGAGGUACCUCAUUUUGACAGUGCAUUUUAUUUCUGGCCUUCCGAAUGUAAUUUUUGUGUUUAUUGGUAUAUCUGGAAUCUCGAUUCUUGAUGCAGCUCCAUUGUAGCUCUAUUCCAUUGUUUUAAAUGAAACCGGAAUGUACUUGUACCUUCAAAUGGUAGUUAAAUGAGCCGUAACUAUUCAAUUUGAACUUUGACAUUGUCUCGUUCCAACUCAAGGUUUUUAUUU